AUGAGAUUCAUCUUUGUGGACACCUUACCACCUUAUUGGGAUCUCCACUCAGCUCGUGGUCGCUUGCUGAAAUUCCAAGGGAUCACCGUUCAACCGAAAAUCUGCGAUUUGGCCAGCACUCUGUACGCUUGCUCGAGCGGUGUUCGCUUUGACUACACGUGCUACAUGGCGCUCGGACGAAAUGAAACAGAUGCCCAGGACUGGCUGACGGAUGGAGCAGUCGCCGACUACCAGUGCACGACCGGUUAUGCAGUUUUAAUGGCCAACUUUGUUUGCAUCACUUCGACAAGACUCGCGUACGCUCCUGAAAUGGAGAACUGCAGCGACGUGAUGAUGGCUGCCGUGGCUAAGGGUGGAAAUGUUUGCCCGCGCCUUACUACAGCCAGGCAUGCGGCUACAAUCCGGGCGCGUGGUGUUGCGGGUCGGAUCGAGCCGGAAUUAAUGCCAACAACGAUCUGUGCGACCGAAUGGGUCUCCUCAAUCACUGUCCCGACUUUAAAUGAUGUGUCACAGUGGGGCGCACUCCCAUCCGUCACCAUCGCCAAUUCAGUGGUCAUCAAUUCCCCGGAUUACGGCGUUUUGAUCACGAAUUCGACCUCUGACAUCGUUUUCACCAAUCUCACCUCAAAGACCAAUGGUCAGGGAAUGCAUCUCGCUGGUGCGGUGGCUGGCACGAUUUUGGUGACGAAAUCGAAUCUUUCAUUCAAUUACUAUGAGGGAAUCUGGAUUCUCCUCGCAGCCGGCACUCUGAAUCGAAAUUUGUCUCUAAACAUUGACAGCACAUCGUUCGUCUCAAAUGGGAUACUAGGAUUUGGUGGUGCGAUCGAUUAUUCAAGAGACAAUGUGACAUCGCAAGACAUCUCUGAUCCAUUCAACUUGCUCGUCAACAAUUCGAUCAUUGAGGGGAACAACAACGCAACUGCAAUUGAAUUUGAUCAAUGCUAUUCCUGUUCGGUGCAAGUGAUCAACAGCAUUUUGAAAGGAAACGGAGGUGGGAUCAAGUCACCGACGGCGCGACAAAUGAACGUUGUCGUUGAUCGGAGUCGCUUUGAUGCAAAUCUCGGCUAUGCCAUCAACCUCUACGCUUCGCAAACGAAUUCCCGAAUCACGAACUCGAUUUUUGUGAACAGCGCUCAAGUGGAGAAUAGCUUUUAUGGGCUUCAAUUCGAGUUCCUCAUCGGGUUAACCCCUUUGCAAGAUGAUCCCGAUCAACGCUUCAUUGUCACAAUGACAAACAACGUGGUUUACCGAAAUAAUUUCACGACAACUGUCGGAUUGUUCACCAAUGGGACGAGUGGAUCACAAAACAAUAUUCUUCUCAGCAACAACUAUUUCCUGGAGAAUCAAGGACAAGAUGUGAUAUUCCAAAAUGAUUCUUGGAUGAGCAUCACGAGGAAUUAUUUCAACAAUCCAUUGGCACAAUGUGAUAUCACGAUGAGAGCAUCGAUCCCAAACGUGGCCGACAAUCGUUUCUGGACGAGUUCGAAUGCGAAUCUUGCGACCACGAUUCGACCGAUUCUUUCGAAUGAUUUCAAAGAUGCGAACGCGUUGGGUGCUCAACUCCAAACACUUCCCGUUAUGCCGAAUCAGUCGAGCAACUCUGCGAGCUUGAUGCGCACCUGUCGUGCCCCAUCCAAUCAAACCCGGCUACACGGCCUCGGUGAUACGACCAGCUUCAAGUUUUCGCUGAAUAUC